CGCCAUCGGAAUUCGAGUUGCAGUUUGGUGUUCCAGCCUUUAACCCGUUACUCAGUUGAAGUCUGAAGUAGUUCGUCUAUCCUCGACGAUUUUCUUCAGACCGAUAUUCCGUUAAACCGUUAAAAAACAAUUGUGAUAUCUUCACUGUUUGUGAGUCAAGAGCAAGUUACAACAACAACAAAACUAGAAGCAAUGGCAGCGUUCGUUGAGCCGCAUUUCGAUGCCUGGCAGGCGGGUGGUGGUAAUCUGACCGUGGUGGACAAAGUUCCUCCAGAGAUCCUCCACAUGGUCCACCCCCACUGGAAUCAGUUCCCGCCGAUGAAUCCGCUGUGGCACUCGAUCCUCGGAUUCGCCAUCUUCAUGCUCGGAAUCGUCUCCAUGGCUGGAAAUGCCUGUGUGAUGUACAUCUUCUCCAACACCAAGGGACUCCGCACCCCCUCCAAUCUGUUGGUAGUCAACCUGGCCUUCUCCGACUUCUUCAUGAUGUUCACGAUGGGACCGCCAAUGGUUGUGAACUGCUAUCACGAGACCUGGUACUUCAGCGCCUUCGCCUGUGAGCUGUACGCCAUGUUGGGAUCUCUGUUCGGUUGCGCCUCGAUCUGGACCAUGACCAUGAUUGCCUUCGAUCGUUACAAUGUCAUUGUCAAGGGUUUGUCGGCUAAGCCGAUGACCAGCAACGGUGCUCUGUUGCGCAUCUUUGGCAUCUGGGCCUUCGCUCUGUUCUGGACUCUGGCUCCUCUGUUCGGAUGGAACCGAUAUGUCCCGGAAGGUAACAUGACCGCUUGCGGAACCGAUUAUCUGACCCAGACCUGGUUGAGCCGAUCGUACAUCAUCAUCUAUGCCGUCUUCGUCUACUGGCUGCCUCUGUUGACCAUCAUCUACUCGUACACCUUCAUCCUGAAGGCUGUCUCCGCCCACGAGCAACAGAUGCGUGAACAGGCCAAGAAGAUGAACGUUGCCUCGCUGCGAUCGUCCGAAGCCCAACAGACUAGCGCCGAAAUCAAGCUGGCCAAGGUUGCCCUGGUUACCAUCUCGCUGUGGUUCAUGGCCUGGACCCCGUAUCUGGUCAUCAACUUCACCGGUAUCUUCAAGGCUGCCCCAAUCAGCCCGCUGAUGACCAUCUGGGGAUCGCUGUUCGCCAAGGCCAAUGCCGUCUACAACCCAAUUGUCUACGGUAUCAGCCAUCCGAAGUACCGCGCUGCCCUGUACAAGACCUUCCCAUCGCUAGCGUGCCAGUCCGAGCCGGAACCAGCAUGCGAUGCGCAGUCGGUUGCCUCAGGUGCCACCACCGCCACCGAAGAGAAGGCCUAAGGCGUGAGGCUUGACUACCUUCGAAUCACUCACCAAUGAAUACUGGCUAUCGGAAAUGGACAAUGGAAUGAAAACCUAGUUAAGCUAAUAAAACAAAUUUUAAGCAAUGAAGCAAGAACAAGUUACGAGAAA